AUGUCGGCCGUGGCGCUGGUGGUCAUGGUGACACUGGUGGUCAUGGUGGAGCCAGGGGUCACAGUGGUGCUGGUGGUCACGGUGGCAGCGAUGGGCACGGGGACGCUGGUGGGCACGGUGACGCUGGGGGGCGGGGGGGCCGUGGCGCUGGUGGUACUGGGGGCACUGGUGGUACUGGGGCUGUUGGUUGUCAUGCUCACACUGGUCUUGGUGGCCCUGGUGGCCAUGGUGGCGUUGGUGGCCACGGUGAGGCUGGUGGUCAUGGUGACACUGGUGGUACUGGGAGCACUGGUCCCAGUCAUGCUCACGCUGGUGAUCCUGGUGGCCGCAGUGAUGCCGGUGGCCAUGGUGGCCCUGAUGGUCACGGUGACGCUGGUGGCGCUGGUGGUACUGGGGGCGCUGGUCAUCGUGCUCACACUGGCGGUCUUGGUGGCCAUGGUGGCCACGACCUGCGAGGCCGCGUUUGCCACCAAGGACCGGCUGCGAGCCCACACCGUCCGCCACGAGGAGAAGGUGCCCUGCCACGUCUGCGGCAAGAUGCUGAGCGCCGCCUACAUCUCCGACCACAUGAAGGUCCACAGCCAGGGCCCCAACCACGUCUGCGAGCUCUGCAACAAAGGUACCGGCGCCGUGGGGCGGCCGUGGGGCGGGG